AUGAGCCGUAGACUACAGCUGAUGAAUGCCAGGUAUCAGGAGCUGGAGAAGAGGAGAAAUCUGGAGGUAGAAGGGUUUAAGAAUGAUAUCAAAAUGCUCAGAGCCAAACUGAAAGAGAUGGAAAAACAACUGUACAAGGUAACUGUUGGUCUUGGUGAGGGUCUAGAGGAGCAGCGACCAGAUGAUCUGGACUUGGUCAUUCUGAGGAAUGUCCGGCGGACAGCGGGCAGAUCCAAGAAACUGAUGGAUGAACUGAAGCAGUUGAAGAGUAAACUUGCCAAGAAGUACCACCCUGACACUAACAAAGGGGACAAGAGUUCUGCCAAGAAGUUCCAGGAGGUCGCUGAGGCAUAUGAGGUGUUAGGAGAUGAAAGCAAAAGAAAACAGUAUGACACGUAUGGCAUGUCCGGAGGGCCUGGAGGAGGAAGGGGGCCAGGACAAGGUUUCCAAGGAUUUGAGGGUUACCACUCCAAUGUUGACCCUGAAGACCUUUUCAGAAAGAUAUUUGAAGAUAUGGGCUACAAGAUGGGAGGCUUUGAUGACUAUCAGGAUUUCACGUCAUCGCCAUUUGGCUUUAGGCCAGCCCAAGAGUACACUAUGAACCUAACAUUUGAAGAAGCGGCCCGUGGGGUAAACAAGGAUAUCAACGUGAACACAGUGGAGGUGUGCUCCACAUGUAAUGGUUCCAAGGCAGAACCUGGGUCAAGUCCGCGGCGCUGCCAUGUCUGCAACGGCACAGGAAUGGAAACCGUCACGACCGGUCCUUUUAUGAUGCGCUCAACAUGCAGGACGUGUCGUGGGACGCGCAUGGUCAUAGAUAAGCCAUGUUCUGCAUGCAAUGGCAAAGGUUCUGUGAACAUGAGGAAGCAGGUAACAGUACCUGUUCCUGCAGGCGUAGAAGAUGGACAAACAGUACGAAUGCCAGUUGGCCAAAAAGAAAUAUUUAUCUCAUUUAGGGUCUCCAAGAGUCAAACAUUUCGCCGUGAUGGUGCUGAUGUCCACUCAGACACAUGGAUAAGUUUAUCACAAGCUGUCCUUGGGGGUACCGUGAGGAUCAGAGGGAUUUACGACAGCAUUUUGCUCUCUAUCCCUGAAAAAACAUCCUCCCACACCAAGAUCCGUUUAGCUGGCAAAGGAAUUAGUCGGCUAAAUUCCUAUGGCUAUGGAGAUCAUUAUGUUCAUAUUAAGAUUAAAGUUCCUACAAAGCUGACAGAAGAACAGAAAUCACUAAUGUUAGCCUUUGCUGAAACUGAGGAUGUUGGUGAUGGCACAAUUAACGGAGUAAUACAUGCGAAAAAAGGAAAUAAAGCAGUUAAUGACACAGAAUAUUCACACAUGAGAAAAAAGACAGAAGACUUUGAGCCUGAAAAUGAAGAGAUCAAAAAUAAAUUAUGAAAAUGAGAUAUCUGAUACGGGUUUUAUAGAAAUGUGUUCCAGGAUAGGAACUGCAUCUGUGAAGGAUAUUUUGGCGACAAAAUUUGAACCACAGAUGUUGAAGAAUUAGACUGGCACAACAUUUACAAACUCCAUGGAACUGUUUGUUAAGUUAAUGGAAGGAACUUACUUAAUAAUUGUGAAGCAGCAAAAAAAUUAUGGAGCACUUGAUGUCUAAUAUAUCAAAAAGUUGAAAUCAAUUAGCUCUGUGUGAUGUCCAUAAAAUGUCAUAUUUAGAUAUAUUUCAUGAUAUCUCAUUUAAAGAAGCAAGUCAUUGUAUAGAGUAUAGAGACAAACAAUAUUCCACAAUUGAGUUACAAUGUCUGUAUUCUCCAUAUAUUGCUUAAAGGCAUUUUUUGAUCAUUCUGAAUCUGUUAACCCAGUGCAGUACAACACAUCAGUCUCAUUUAUUACAUUGUUAAGAUUAUUUGUUGGCUUUACAUGUGUCUGUAUCUUUAAAACCACUGACACAAUAUGACAAGUCACUGGUGUAGAUAUGACUUGUCAUUUUUAAAACAAUAUACAUUUGCCAAAGUAGAGUGCUCUCACCAAAAGUUACUUAUAAUGGCUAAUAUUAAGACAAUGGUGCAUGUUGGCUUUUUGAUACCUGGACAUAGUGGUAAAGUACUGUAAGAUGUUUUUAUAGGGCUUUCUUGAUACAUAACAUUGUACGCAUUUAAUACCUGUACUGAACUUUUCUUUAGUUCUUUAUUAUGGGUUUGUGUCACUGUUGGAGAGAAUCGCUGAUCAGAAUAUUUGAAAUAGCUUGCUGGUACACCUGAAACAUUUCAUUACCGACGCAUUCUUAUGUACAUUUAAAUCUAUGCUACAUUAUCCAGUUCUAGAUAUUUUAUUAUCACCUUGCCCAGUUGGGCAGCCUGUGAUUGCUGGCAUUGUAAUUGAAAUAAUACUGUUAAUGCAUUAAAAAGAUACGUCAUAGUGAA